ACUUUCUAAAAUUUAGAUUCUGAAUCAAUAGCUCAGAUAUUUUUUGUUCAGCUGUAUACAGUUCUAUAAAUACUCGCACAAAAAGUAUUCGGUUAUUUUUGGAAACUUUCUAUCAAUAUUUCAGGUCCCUCCUAAAAUGGACAAAACAUCCAGCGCAGAAACCGAUAACGCGGAUAACUAUCAUAGCCAUGCAGGGAAAAUGCAGGAAAAUGUGUCAAAAUUCUAUGAAACUAUUAGGGACAUUUCGAGGAACAUGCGAAAGGAUGAUUGGUCGUACCUCCAACGUCAUCCAGAGGUUAGAGCCAUUAUCCGAGUUAUCGUUAGCGAGGCCGUUAAGGAGAAACCUGAGAAUAUAUAUUUCUUUGCGGCAGCGCUGUUUCAGUGCGAAAACGAAAAGAAAUUAGUUGAUUUGAUCAACAAGCAACUUCAAUGGGUAAACGAACAAUUGAGAGGAGGGGCUUGGAAUCCGGCAGAUGGAGUUUUCAACUUUCCCGAAUCUAGCGAAUCCGAUUUGGAUGAUAAAUGUCCACCUAAACCGAACCCUGCAACGGUCGCUGAAGAUCAAGAUGAAUUAGUAUGUCCGGAAAAUUUUAAGCCUAAAUGUAAUUAGUUUAAAAGUAAAAAUAUAAAAGUAUUUAUUGUUACGCAA